GUGACAUGUCAUGUCCUUGCUCAACCCAACAAAAGUGGGGCCCACCAAAAUUACGAAUUUGCCAUCAUCUUCUUCCUCGAGCAAACAAACCCAGCACCUGGGUUGAAUCGAACCCAACAACGCCUUUUUUUUUUUCCUUCCUUUUCCUUGCCUUGCUUUCUUCAUCAUCAUCAAACACCAAACCCACAGAAAACAGAGAAAAAAUAUAUAUGUUUUUUACCCUUGAACCCAGGCGUGCUGGGUUCUUCAAACCCACGCCUGGGUUCCGUUGAACCCAUGCCUGGGUUCGACGGAACCCAGGGUCGGGUUCCAUGGAACCCAGCUGGUUCGAAGAACCCAGGCGUGCUAGGUUCUUCGAACCCACGCCUGGGUUCCGUUGAACCCAUGCCUGGGUUCGACGGAACCCAGGGUCAGGUUCCAUGGAACCCAGCUGGUUCGAAGAACCCAGAUAGUAACUCCAACCAUUUUGGCACGUCAACAAUGUACAUACAUAACAAAUUUAGGGAAGGAGAAAGAGGAUGGUGGUUUCGACUUCAAGCCGGUACUACUAGCGGCUACGGACUGGGUUAAAUGCUCAAUUAAUUGUUUUGCUGUAAGAUGUUGAUGACAAUUUUUGACUAGUGGAUAGGAUUAACAAAUGACAAGAAUAAGAAAACAUGGGACUAGUAGGCUAAGCGUGAUGUCAAAAACGGUCAACCGAUAUAGCUUGACAGAUUCAGCCAAUUCCAGAUAUCACGGACAUAAGGCUGUAGCCAAGAGUGCUACAAGCGAACGUUCAGUCCAUUAAAAGCAACUAAAAAUAAAGAAAAGCAAAAACUAUCUCACACACUUCCUCUAAACAUUUCAUGUACCUGGCUUGCAUACCAAUUCAGUGUGUGUCUUGAACCGAAAUAUAUAUGAAUUUUCAUU